CGCUCCUGACGGAACCGCCCGCAGUUAUCGGAUUAGCGCUGCAGUUCUGGAGCUGCAGGCGGACCGAGCGGCCGUCCAUCUCGCCUUCAGGCAAAGACAACUUUCCGGGCGACUUCGUGGGACUGCAUGCCUUUUAGACAAAACGUUUUAAAGGCUUGAUUCUUCCUUUGUUUUUAUUUAUUUGCUCUUGGGGAGAUUAAGACGGAACGGAGCGCGUUGGAUCCCAUAAAUCUUUGCGCAAACAUCGUUAUAAUUCCUUAAAUCUCCUGGGAAAGAGGUUUCACCCACUUUGGCCACAGAGGUGCACAUUUCUUUUUGUUAUGUCUGUUUCUUCUCUGCCAGAAUGGAAACAGCUUCUUCUGGAGAGAAAGAGGAGAGAGGAGGAGCAGCGAGAGAGGAGAGAAAAGGAGGAGGAGGAGAAGCUGGCCAGCAUGCCGGCCUGGAAACGAGGGAUCAUCCAGCGGAGGAAGGCCAAGCAGGACAGUUUAGGUGACAGGGACAGAGACAUCUGCCUGCUCCAGGUGGAUCCCAGGACUCCCUCCGACUGCCUGAGUGACACCGACAGCUCGAUUACGGUCAAUCUGGGAAGCGAGACGUCACUCAGUCCGGAUCCCGGGAUGUGGCUGGAUGCAGAGCCCAAACCUGGAAGUCAGGUGUCGAUGGAAACCAUCGUUCCAGUCCACGAGAAUCCGUUCAUUCGCACCCAAAGUGUGUGGAGGAAAGGCAAAGAUCCUGAGGCGGCGAAUGAGGCGGAGGGAAAACUCUGCGUCAGGUCGCAAGAGGUGGAGGUGAGCAGAGGACGAGAUAUCGAGCUGAAAAUAGAAAGGUUUAGGGAUUUGAAUGAAGGGUGGGAGAGAGAGAAGAGCAGGGAGAAGAGUCUAGGGAAAGAAAAGGAGAACAACCAAGAAGGAUGCGAAAAAGACAAAAAACAGUGGAAAGACUCAGUGAAAGAGCAGGAGCUCCUUAAAGGAAAAAAAGAGAUGGAGGAUAAAGAUGUCCUUCAACCAUCUGGUCAGUUUUCACCCGUUCUUCCCUGCCUUCGAACCAUCCGAGCCGACAACAUCAUCAUCAUCGAGCAGGACCGAAAAGGCAGCAAUGAAAGAAGGGCGAGAUGGAGGGAGGCGGAAAGAGAGACGUCCGAGGAGGACCAGCAGGGGAAACGAGGGAUGAAGAUGGACCUGAGGGAGAUCCUGGCAGGAGGAGGGAGCGUGACGGAGAUCCGAGCUUCUGAAGUUCUGAUCAUCAAGCCGUCGGUCAGCACCGAAGAGCGGACAGCAGGGAGAGGAAAGUCUAGGGAGGAUGGAGAAGGGAAGAGUGGCUUGGAUUUAACCAGAGAUACAAAAUCAGAAAUGUCCUGUCUGAGAGAAAAAGAGAAGGACAAACCCUGGGGUCAGGCAACUGUGAUCAAUAAAGACGAGGGAGGAGACAGCUGUGAUGACAACGUGUUUAUUGAGAAGGGAGGAAGGGUCAGCAAGCUGCUGAGUAAGUUCGGGGAGCAUCCAAAGCCUCCAUCUCGGUCCAAAAGUUCAGAUAACUUCCUCCAAUCGGGGAGGAGAAAAUACUCUGGAGACCAAGAUGAUCGACAGUCUGAGGAGAGAAAAGCAAAUGGAAAGAACAUGCUGAUGAGGAACAUCCCUAAACGCUCCUUCAGCUUCUCUGAUCGAGUCAUUGGUGCUGUGGAAAACGGGUUAGGAGACGUAGGUGGUCAAGAGACAAUUCACCCAGACAAAAACAUUGGUCCUUGGGAGGAUGUAGUAGGGGUAGCAAAGCUCAGACUGAGCUGCAAGGAGCGCUUUGGAAAGCAAAGAAAUGUAAAGGCUGAGGAUGAAAAAGGAGGCGAUCAGAAGAAAAACGAUGCAGAAAUGUGGAAGAAACACAGAAGUGAGCUGAAGAAAGUUGAGCCUGUCAAUAAGAGAGCCGCAGAGAAAGUACUGGACGCAGAGGGAGACAAGGGGUUCACGGUGGCAUCAGUCAAAAACACCGAGGGAAUAUCGUUUGCGAGAAGAGUGCCAAUCAGACAAGACGGCAGAGCAAGAGCAGAAAGAGACCCGAGGAAAGAGAAAAGUUUGGAAAAAGAUUCAGAAGCAAAUGAUGGACUGAAAAAAAAAGUGCAAACUGAAAGUGAUUAUGUUGGUGCUUCAUUGGAAGUGUCACCAAAUCCCAGUGAAGCUCCUGACAGUCAAUGCAAACGUGAUUCGGCUUUCACAGAGUGCUCCAGUUUGCUCUCCAUGGUCCCUGAUCGGAUCCCCCACCGAGGGCCGGAGUGGAGCGGCACAGGACCACUAGGACCUUACCUCAUGCACUCCAACUUACCCCAACAAACCGAGGAGCUUAUCAGCAAAGUAGAAAAAGUAGGGGAUACAACUAUAUACAUAAACGAUAAGGAUCUUCAAACAGGAAGUCAUUCUGGACCAGAGAAAGAGAUUCCUAGAUCUCCAAAAAGGAUCCCACCUCUUGAGGUUCAAAUCCCAAGGACUGUGUUUUAUGUUGCCGAAGAGAUGGUGGAGAGAAAAAGCAGCGAGUGUCGGAGCGCGGACGGACAAGGCUGGGAAGGAGGUCAGAAGGUGGAAAGGAGGGACAGCUGGAGGAUCGGAAAACCUUUGAGCCGGAUCGAGUCCCUCCGAGAGAAGAUCAGGCAGAGAGAGCUGGAUAAGCAGAGAGAAAGAGAGGCCCGACAGCUGAGGACAUGUACGAGGUGA